UUCUUCAUUUAUAAGGAUUCCUACAUAGUAACUUCACCACUUCCCACCCAACGUCAAGCCAAUCAAACGGAGCUUCAAUUUUACCCACGGGCCACGGUUCUUAGGUCUCUCUCGCCCUCCUCUCCGGUCUUCUUCAUACUGUGUAGCCUGUAUACUGCGUUUCACGAUUUCGUUCUCAUCUUUCUGCAGAACCCUAGUGUGCAAGGUUUACCCAUAGGCCCUAGGUAUUCUCAGAGGGAAAAAUGCCUCCUAGAGCAUCGGCUAAGAAGGGUGCUGCCUCUGCAAAGAGGGGACCAAGGGGGAAGAAGGCGACCCCAAUAUCACAACCGGAGAUUGUGGAAAAUAGAGCUUCCGAAUUGGAGGCUCAGUUGGGCGCUGUCGAGGAGACAAAGCUUGCAGAUGUAGUGCAGAACUCCGCCGAAGAAGAGAAGAAAGAAGUUUCUCAAGAAGAAAGGUUAUUGGAGGCAGAGGUCCAACAAGUAGAAGAGGUGUUGCCGACUGCUCAUGAGGACAAGGCUAUUACAACAGGAGAGUCGUGGUUGAAUGCUGUGUUGGUCGAGGAUGAGCCUAGUGUGAUUGAAGGAGUUGUCGAGGAGAAGAUUCCGGAAGUUGUGUCUGGGGAUUCUCUUAUUUUGAAUGCUUCCAAUGUUAAGGAGGAGGGAGAUGACAUGCAAGGCAAGGAGGAGGCGGAAGAGAGGAAUGACGGAGACGAGGAGAAUGGAGCUGCCCAUAUGGAUCUCGAUAAAGAUACUCAAAAAGAAAGCGAUGAAGGGGCCAAACACGAUGUAGUUAAAAAAGAGACUUCAUCUGCGGAAGUUGAAGACAAAGGAAGUAAUGAGGUUGAAGAUUCCAAAGGAGGUGGGGACGCUGAAGACGUCAUAGAGGGGGAAGUUGAUGAUAGCAAAGUUUGUGGAGAAGUUGAAAAUACCGAAAGAGGUGGGGAUGGAGCUAACAAUGUUGAUGCCAGUGGAACUGUUAAUAAGGAUGAAGAGGCUGAUAAGAGUGGAACUGACGAGGAAGAUAAUGAAGAGGAAGAAGAUCCUUCUGUAUAUAUGGAAGCUCCUCUAACAGACAGAAAAAAAGAGAAGGAGUUUGAAAUAUUUGUUGGGGGACUGGACAAGGAGGCUGUUGAAGAAGAUCUAAUUAAAAUCUUCGGGGAGUUUGGGGAAAUUCAGUCAGCAAGGAUAGUAAAGCAUCAAACUACACAUAAAAGCAAAGGUUUUGCAUUUAUUCGGUAUGUUACUGCUGAGCAAGCCAAGAAGGUCCUUUUCGAAUUGAAGGAUGGGAUUGAGGUGAGAGGCAAGCGUGUUGGUAUAUCUCCGAGUCAGGACAAUGAUACGCUUUAUAUGGGCAACAUUAGCAAGACAUGGACAAAAGAGCAAGUACUUGAGACACUGAAAAGCUUUGGGAUUGAACAAAUUGAGGAGAUUUAUCUACCAGAUGAUCCUAAGAAUGAAGGAAAGAGGAAAGGUUUUGCUCUUCUGGAAUUUAAUACCCACUCUGAUGCCAUGGCAGCUUUUCAGCGGCUAAGGAAGCCAGAUGCUAUCUUUGGCUGUGAUAGAAGUGCUAAAGUUGCUUUUGCGCAGUCUUCAAUUCAUCCCAGUGAGGAAGCUCUUUCACAG